GGCUCUCCGAGGCUCGGAACCCUUCCAUAUAAACCCUUGCAGAGCCCUAGAAUCUCAAUUUCUUGUCACCUCUUGAUUCUCUCCAUCCGUCAUCCUUUGCCUCCUCCUUCGCUCCGCUACAAUGGCCUUGCCGAAUCAGCAAACAGUUGAUUACCCGAGCUUUAAGCUCGUGAUUGUUGGGGAUGGUGGAACAGGGAAGACAACUUUCGUGAAAAGGCAUCUUACUGGAGAGUUUGAGAAGAAAUAUGAACCAACAAUCGGUGUGGAGGUCCACCCGCUGGAUUUUUUUACCAACUGUGGGAAGAUUCGAUUCUACUGCUGGGAUACUGCCGGUCAGGAGAAAUUUGGUGGCCUUCGCGAUGGAUAUUAUAUUCAUGGACAAUGUGCGAUCAUAAUGUUUGAUGUCACUGCCCGGCUGACAUACAAAAAUGUCCCAACCUGGCAUCGAGACCUUUGCCGGGUGUGUGAGAACAUUCCCAUUGUUCUUUGCGGCAACAAGGUUGACGUGAAGAACAGACAAGUUAAGGCAAAGCAGGUUACUUUCCAUAGGAAGAAGAAUUUGCAGUAUUAUGAGAUAUCUGCUAAGAGCAACUACAACUUUGAGAAACCUUUUCUGUAUCUCGCCAGGAAACUUGCCGGUGAUCCCAACUUGCACUUCGUAGAGUCUCCUGCCUUGGCUCCACCAGAAGUUCAAAUUGAUUUGGCUGCACAAGCACAGCAUGAGCGGGAACUUGCACAAGCUGCUGCCCAGCCCCUCCCCGAUGACGACGAUGACGCAUUUGAGUAAACUUGUAUGUUUUGAUUGCUCGAGAGGUGGAUGACGGCGUAUUGUCAGGCGUGCGUCUGUGGGCCAUUGUCUGAGCUGGCUGGUAUUUGUGGAUGCCAAAUUAUAUGUUUUGGGGUGUAUGAUUAAAAUAUGGGAUUUUGAGGAUGUGAGAUUUCAUCUUUUGAUGUUUUUUCCGCUUCAAUUGAGUUAUUAGCUUUUAUGCAGUAUUGCUGUUUGGAUUGCCCGUCAUCUCUCGACGGGGAUGUAGUUUUCUCGUUCUGGCUCUUCAAUUUGAUUUCGUACUCCGACGAAUUGGAUCUUGACCUCGGUAGUUAAUUGCUUUUUCCCUCUAAUUGAGAUUUGCCUUUUGGAAUCA